AUGGCACUUAAGGUCAUUCUGGAAAAGGCCAGAAUGCAUAAAUCCCCCAUCUUUGCCCUGAUGAUUGAUUUAAGUCAAGCCUUUGACUCCAUAAUUCAGAAUAAGAUAUGGCCCUUGCUGGAAAACAUUGGAAUAGAUAAACAUCUGAUAGCGUUAAUUAAGAUAAUUGACGACAAUCAUAGCGUAGUUCCUCAGCAUUUAAAUAUGAAGUCGCAACCUUUUAAAGCAAAUAGAGGCCUCAAACAAGGAUGCAUCCUUUCACCGAUAAUUUUUAAUGUAAUAAUGAAUGAUAUCCUAAAUAAAUCCUUUAAACAGGAAUAUGCACUCAACACAUAUUACAGUGAGCAACAACACCUCAAUGAUAUGCACAACUCUUUAAACUUUCUAUGUUAUGCUGACGACGUAUGUAUUCUAGCCAACUCAGAAUACAAAUUAAGAAAUAUUUUAUCAUUAUUUGUCAACAACUGUGAUGGAUAUGGUCUAAGAGUAAACUACACAAAAACCAAACUAAUCACCUCAAAUACUGAUGCGAGUCACUUAAACCCCUUUAACUAUGAGGGUAAUACGAUAGAAUUAGUGUCAGAUUUUAAAUACCUAGGAACCAGGAUAACGUCAUUAGGCCUUACCUUUUUAGAUACGAAAUCGAGAACGAAUAAUGCUAGACUCCGCUAUCAUCAACUGUCGAAAUUAUGGUCAUCCAACCAAAUAUCAACUAAUUUAAAAAUAAUACUCUUCAAGCCCCUAAUUGUACCCAUUUUUACCUACGGCCUGGAGACUUGGCAAGACUCAAAAAGUAACAUCAGCACAAUUCAGACUUUUAUAAACAAAUGCCUUAGAAGAAUCACCAAAACGUAUUACCCAUACAACACAUCAAAUACAACGCUCUGGAAUAGAAGCGACAUCUUAUCAAUCAAUCGUCUCAUACCCAUGAGGAGACUAGAAUUACUAGGCCAUAGCUUAAGACACUCGCAGGAAAAUAUGAUAUUCUCGUCCUUGAAAUGGUGCCUUGACGGUAGGAAGAAAACCCCUAAAUACUAUUGGUUGGCGAAAUGUCUGAAAGAUAUGGACCUGAUUAACCUCUCGUUUGCAGAUUUCAUGGCACUUAGCAAAAACAAGAAACACCUAAAGGAACAUUUACAAUACAUGCUAAAAUAUGGCCUAAAUUAA